GCAAAUGGAAAGCCUGCUCGUGCUAAUCACGGUCGUGUAGCGUACAAAGAAAAAUAAACAUGCUAGUCGCCUAGUCCCGUUCCGUGACCAUUUCAUUUGAUCACCCGAGCAGAUCGCACCCCCUGCUUCAGAACCAACACCUCGCCACGAAGACCAACCGGGCGAGGCAUGGAGGCGCCGCGCCGCCGCGCGCUCCUCGGCCUCCUCCUGCUCGCGCUGCUCCCCUGCCGCCGCCUCCCGCCCCGCGCGGCCGCGCAGGCCCAGCCUGCGGCGGACGAGGCGCGGCUGCUGCUCCGGAUCAAGCGCGCGUGGGGCGACCCGCCCGUGCUCGCGGGGUGGGAGUGGGACGCCUCGUCCUCGGGCGCGCACCACUGCGCGUGGCCGCACGUGGGGUGCGACGCGGCCGGGCGCGUCGCGAGCCUCACCCUCGCGAGCGCCAACGUCGCGGGGCCCUUCCCGGACGCCGUCGGCGGCCUCGCCGGGCUCACGCACCUCGACGUCUCCAACAACAGCCUCACCGGCGCGUUCCCGGCCGCGCUCUACCGCUGCUCCGCCCUUCAGCACCUCGACCUGUCCCAGAACUACCUCGGCGGCGAGCUCCCCGCGGACAUCGGCUUCCGGCUGGGGGCGAACCUGACGGCGCUGGUCCUCAGCGGCAAUGAAUUCAACGGCACCAUCCCGGCGUCGCUCUCCGGCCUCGGGAAUCUCCAGCAUCUCAAGCUGAAUAACAACAGACUCGCCGGCGUCAUCCCAACGGAGAUCGGCAGGAUGACGAGGCUGCAGACGCUGUGGUUGGCGUACAACCGGUUCGACGCGGGCGAGCUGCCGGCCUCGUUUAAGAACCUGACCAACCUGACCAGCCUCUGGGCAACGAAGUGUAACCUCGUCGGCGACUUUCCAAGGUAUGUGGUGGACAUGCCGGAGUUGGAGAUGCUGGACCUGUCCAUCAACAAGCUGACCGGAAGCAUACCUCCGGGGGUUUGGAACCUGAAGAAAUUGCAAGCACUGACAGCAUUCAGGAACAACCUCACCGGCGACUUGGUGGUUGAUGAUGACUUCGCCGCGAUGGGCUUGACAGUGAUCGACUUGUCGGAGAACAACCUUACCGGAGUCAUCCCGGAAGUCUUCGGGCACCUGGAGAACCUCACGUAUUUGUACCUCUUCGGCAACAACUUCUCCGGCGAGAUACCGGCGAGCAUCGGCCGGUUGCCGUCGCUGUCAAUAUUGAGGCUCUACGGCAACAGGUUCACCGGUGCGCUGCCGCCGGAACUCGGGAAGCACUCGGCCUUGGUUUACGUCGAGGCUGACGACAACGAGCUCACCGGCACGAUCCCGGAAGGGCUAUGCGCCGGAGGCCAGUUCUGGACGCUCACUGCUACGGGCAACCGUCUCAGCGGGUCCAUCCCGGAAGGCCUGGCCAACUGCGCCACCCUGCGCAGCCUGCACCUGGAAAGCAACCAGCUCUCCGGCGAGGUGCCCCAGGCUCUGUGGACGGCGACUCAGAUCAGCAUCGUGCUGCUACGGAACAACAGGCUCUCCGGAAGACUCCCCGCCACGAUGUACAGCAACCUUACGACACUAAACAUUGAGAGCAACCAGUUCUUCGGCAGCAUCCCGGCGACGGCUGCCGCGCUCCAGGUGUUCACCGCCGGGAACAACCGUUUCUCCGGCGAGAUACCGGCGGGUCUCGGCGACGGCAUGCCGCUGCUGCAGAGGCUGAACCUGUCCGGCAACCAGCUCUCCGGCGGAAUCCCAGCGAGCGUUGCUAAGCUAACGCAGCUCACCCAGAUGGACAUGAGCAGGAACCAGCUCGCGGGGGCGAUACCGGCGGAAAUGGGCGCCAUGCCGGUGCUCAACGCCCUCGACCUCUCGUCGAACAAGCUCUCCGGUUCCAUCCCGCCGGCGCUCGUGAAGCUGAAGCUCAACUCACUCAACCUGUCGUCCAACCAGCUCGGCGGCCAGGUCCCGGCCGGGCUCGCCACCGCGGCCUACGACAGCAGCUUCCUCGACAACCCCGGCCUCUGCACCGCCUCUCUGGGACUCGCCGGCGUGCGCUCCUGCGCCGGGGAGGCACAAGACGGCGGCGCCUCCGGAGGCGUCUCGCAUGAUCUCCGAACCGGCCUCCUCGUUGCCGGAUCCGCUUUCCUCCUCCUCGCCGCGGCCGCCUCCGUCUUCGCCGUCCGCGAGCUGAGGAAACGGCGCCGCGUCGCGGAGCAAGACGAAGGGAAGAUGACGCCUUUCGUCAAAGAUCUCGGCUUCGGUGCGGCGUCCAUACUCCGGGGCCUGGUGGAUGAGAACCUCAUCGGCCGCGGCGGGUCGGGCCUCGUGUACCGCGUCGCCUACACCAACCGGCUCGACGGCAGCGCGGGUGCGGUGGCCGUGAAGCGCGUAGGGGUCUCCGGAGAGCUGGACGAGGAGCUGGAACGCGAGUUCGAGUCGGAGGCGAGCAUCCUCGGCAGCCUCCGGCACAACAACAUCGUCAGGCUGCUGUGCUGCUUCUCCGGCGCCGAGGCGAGGCUCCUCGUCUACGACUACAUGGACAACGGCAGCCUGGAUGAGUGGCUCCACGGCGGCGACGGCCUCGGCGGGCGCCUCACGGCGAGGGUCCGGCGCCCGGCGCUGGACUGGGCGACGAGGCUCAGGGUGGCCGUCGGCGCCGCGCAGGGGCUGUGCUACAUGCACCACGAGUGCUCGCCGCCCAUCGUCCACCGCGACGUCAAGUCGAGCAACAUCCUGCUGGACUCGGAGUUCCGGGCCAAGGUCGCCGACUUCGGCCUGGCCAGGAUGCUGGCGCGGACAGGGGCGCCCGAGACGAUGUCCGCCGUGGCCGGGUCGUUCGGCUGCAUGGCUCCCGAGUGUGCCUACACCAAGAAAGUGAGCGAGAAGGUAGACGUCUACAGCUUCGGCGUGGUGCUCCUGGAGCUCACCACCGGCAAGGAGGCCGGCGACGGCGGCGAGCACGGCAGCCUGGCGGAGUGGGCGCGGCACCACUACCGAUCGGGAGGGAGCAUCCCCGAUGCCACGGACAGGAGCAUCAGGCACUCAGGGUACUCUGACGAGGUCGAGGAGGUCUUCAGGCUAGGCGUGCUGUGCACCGGAGACUUGCCGUCGUCGCGGCCAGCCAUGAAGGACGUGCUGAAGAUCUUGCUCAACUGCAGCGAGCAGACGCACCAGAAGAGCAAAACGGGGCGUGGACUGGAGUACGAAGAGGCUCCACUGCUGCUGCCGCAGCGAGGCAGCCGCCGGAAACAGCUCUCGAACGGCACAAGAAUUGGUAUCGAAGAGAGGAGUGAUUUCGGCAGCGUUGUCUGAAGAUGCCUAAAUUAGUAGGAGCUCCGUGGGUACAUUUUAGCACAGUAUGCCAAAAUUCACAACUUGUCGCCAUGACUCUACUAGUACCAGGUACCAUUUUAGGGUCUCACACUGUAAAUUCUUAACAAACCACACACAUGUUGUAUAGAAAUAAAACAGAAGAACAAGCACAAACUGUUGUAGCUUUCUGAAAUAAAGGCAGGACCUCUGCGCAUUCAUUCAAAAAUGAGUACGAUUGAAUAAUUUUAUACCCCUCUUUAUUUUGAAAUACAAGAUUACACAGAUAAGCACUAGUCAGUUUGCGAUAUCUCGCAUCAUAAUACAAAGUUAAAGGUGUAGGGAAAAAAGAA